GUAUAUAUCGAUAAUAUCAUUAUCUUUAGCAAAAUAGAAGAGGAAUACCUAGAACACCUAUAUACCAUUUAUAAAAUCCUUAAUAAGGCCUAUAUCUAUAUUAGUACUACCAAAUCCUUUAUAAGAUACCUAGCUAUAAGACUCCUUAGAUAUAUCAUAAACAGCAAAGGCAUUAUUAAAACCGACGACUACAUUACUACCUUUAAGAAGCUAAAGUUCCUAGAUACUCUCGACAGCUUAGAGCACUACCUUGGGAUA